AGAAUCCUGCAGUUAAACUGGAUUUAACUUCAGUGUCCGGCUCUGCCCUCGAAUGAAGAGGAAGAUAAUCGAUUUAUUUUAAUCUUCUUGGUUUGGACAGGAGUAGUCUAAUAUCAUGCCAGUGAAAGCCAACAUUUUUAUGUGGGCCGUUUACACAGCGGAACCUCGUUUACAUGCUGAUUGAUUUUAGUUCAAUAUGUCUUUAUCUGCAUCUACAACUAUCCCACCUGCGCUGACAGCGGAUCAGCUGACGGUCAUCGUGGCCUCCGUGUCCUGCCUGGUGUUCUUCGUAGUGAUUCUCAUGCUCCUGGUGGUCUUGUACAGGAAAGACCCUUUCUGCUGCAGGGUGUCGAACUACCAGGCCAACCAGCGCUGUACAGAUGCUCCACCCCAGUACAACAGAAGACAGUCUCUAGUGGUGUCUCCCUACAAUGAACAUACUGCUGCCGUGGCCCACGGAAACAUUGGAUCCCAGCUUCCAGGAAGGCUGUUUAUCAUCGGUAAGCCCAGCAGCUAUCACCUGGAUGGGAUCCUGCCCCGCCUUCCGUCCUACGAGAGCGUCCGUAAGAAGGACCGUCAGAGACAGAUCCACUCUAUGAUAGCCGACCGCUUUGGUAUCAGCCCCACGCAGUCUGAAACGGAGCCUCCUCCGACGUACGAGGAGACUCUUGGCCAGGCCAUGAUCAUCUCCUCUGAAGACCUUCAGUGUGUUGAGGCACUUCCCUCAGACCUCCCUCUCUCCACCUGUAACUCCAGCAUUGAACACACAGUGACAAUAGAUGCAGCCCCGUCACCCUACCGCCCUAUUCAGAGCCCGACCCGGGAACCCGUCUCUGUCUAGACCAGGAGUUAUUUGAGGGUCGGAACACUCCUGGUUUUCAACUUCGCAUUUUAACAAGAGACUCAUGUUUCUACCCUUUGCAAGAGAAAAGAAGACAAAUCAAUAAAGAAAGAGACAUUAUCAUGAUAAUGCAUGAGUCAGUUUCACUCAAGAGUUUGUCCUCCUGAGACUAACGCUCUCAACUCUUGACUGUCGUCUGUUGGUGUAGUGAGUGGUUUUAACAUGACUGUAUGCUGUAAAUGGCUUGAUAUCCUUCCACUGGCAAUGAUAUCCUUUAUCAGCUAAAUAAUCAAAUCAGCCUACAUGUCAAACUCUAGACAUGCUCGGGUGUGUGGAAAAGAAGAUGUCCGCACCUCACAAGCAGACAUAUUAUGCUUCAUCACAACAUCUAAUGUCGUAGACGACCACAAAACAAGGACAUUGUUUCGGGUUAAUGAAAAAUCUAAAUCUCCUCGUUUCAAAAGAACACCGAGCUAUGAAUACCCAGCUACCUGACAUGUGAUGAUGAUGGCUGGUGAGUGUAGGGCCAGACCAUAGAGCUGUUGUGGUUGAACACAUCACUAAUUAUUAACUCUACUGAAGGCUUAUGUCCCAAAUGGCACCCUAAUCCCCAUGUAGUGCACUACAUAGGAAAUAGGGUCCCAUUUGAGACACAAUCAAAGUGUGUUCACUCAGGGACAGUUGACCAGGGACCAUUUGUCUUAACCCAGGUCAAACUAACUAUGCACAGAGAAACACCAUGACGUUCCAUAUUUUUUGAAACUGCACUAGGGGCUCGUAAGUAAGCAUUUCACUGCAAGGUCUACUACACCUGUUGUACUCAGCGCAUGUGACUAAUAACAUUUGAUUUGAUUUACCUCCUGGGCUAAACUGGAAUGGGUUUGUCAAUAUGUUUAGACUGAGAUACAGUAUGUAACUAUGCAAAACAUUCAUAUUAUGUGUAACCCAAAUCAAACAAAAAAAAAUGUGAAAGUAAUAGUUCAAUAGCUGAACCAAAAAGGGUAACUAAAGUAGAUAUAAAUGGCCUAUCCGCUUUAAAAAAAAGUUGACUCUGUUUCCAUACCGUUUUUAUGCGAGAAAAGUCAUACCUUUGAUAAAUUUUAAUCACGACAGCUGUGAUGGAAACGAAGUUUCAAUACAAUUUUCUAAAUGCUGACAGAUCAUUUGUUCGUUCGACAUGGUGGGAUCUUUUUGUGUCUGUAAAAUGUGUUAUGCGAGAAAUGGUGGUGGAAUCUCGUUUAUGCACAAAUAUUGAUAUAACAACCGUGGCGAAGUACACUUGGAGUCACGCGAUGACGUGGUGUGUGUGGUUCUCCCACUACAACUGGGGAAUCCAUGCAGUUUAUUAGAAUAUAGAAUAAAUCAAUUAUGAACUUCACAGGGUGGUGAAAGUGCAGUGAUCUUGAUGCUCUUUUCCAAUAAAUAUUGAGGGUCUUAUUCUUUUGAUCGAUUCAUGACUGCCAUUUGACAAAAACAAAUAUUCUUGCUCCUAUCCAUAAUAAUCUCAUCAUGUAGACUAGCCUACCCGCACUGUAUCUACAAGCUGUUGGCUAGAGCGAACGUGCCAAGACCAAUGAGCCUAUCCUCCUACAGCUCCCCAAACCAGCCUCCAUUGCAGAGUAGGCAUAUUUGCUAUUUAACGUAACAGUUUUUUGGUGUCAAAACUAUCGGUAGAGGUGAAAAUGCGAUGACAACAUAUUGAACUUAAACUUUUGUUUAGUACAUUAAAACUUAAAGCAAAAAAGAAAAUUGUGUGUGUACUACAACAUCGCUCACUGAUUU